AUGGCGAGGGGGUUUGUGCACAGCCCGGGAGCCAGCGCGGGGCUCCGGCAGUUUCCAUGGUGCCGUCAUGGUGAGCUCUCCCUACACCUUCACUUAUCAGCGUUUCCCACCCAUCCUCCUCCUGCUAAUACGCUGCUUGCUCACCCCGAAAGGUCAGCCAUUGUAAUGAUGAUUUUAGCAGGGGGGGAGGCAGGGAGGCCGAAGGGUGAAAAGGACAGCUUUCCUGCUCGUUUUGGAGGAGUCCAUUUUGUAAACCAGCCCUGGUACAUCCAUGCCCUGUAUACGCUAAUCAAACCAUUCCUCAAAGACAAGACCAGGAAAAGGAUCUUUCUUCAUGGUAACAACCUGAAUAGUCUUCACCAGCUAAUACACCCUGAAUGCCUGCCCUCUGAAUUUGGGGGGACUCUUCCUCCAUACGACAUGGGCACAUGGGCUCGAACGCUACUUGGUCCCGACUACAGUGAUGAAAACGAGUACACUCACACCUCCUACAACGCCAUGCACGUGAAGCAUGCAUCCUCCAACUUGGAGCGGGAGGCCUCGCCCAAACCCAUGAAAAGGUCCCAGUCCGUGGUGGAAGCCGGCACUCUGAAACAUGAAGACCACGGGGAAAGCGAGAACACCCAACCACUGCUGGCUCUGGACUGA